UGCCCCUUUUCUAGGUUUGCAGCUGGAGCAGCUGGAUGAACCGCGACUGCGCAGCAGCUUUGGUUCUGAGGGGAACAUCUAGUGAUUGUUCUCCUCAUUCUUCUAUUUAAACGCGUUGGACUGAAGACCAGCGCGCUAUUUUACAUACACGUUUCUAAUUUAAAUGUUUUUCAUUGAUUCUUCUCCUAUUUGUACGUUCUUCUCGGAGCAGGCUUAAAACACAACUUCGGUUGACUUGGACUGUAAUAUCUAAAUCUCUUCUUUUUUAUCCUCGAUUAAAACCGUGAGGUGUCCAGACAGAGUGGACUGAAGGGUGUAAACUCAUCAUCACACUGUUGGACCGACGAGCCUUCAGUGCCAACGCCUUUCCCCUCUCUCUCUCUCUCUCUCUCUCUCUCUCCCUCUCUCUCCCUCUCUCCCUCUCUCUCUCUCUCCCUCUCUGCGAAACUUCAGCCCGCACUGGACUCCGCUUCUUUUCAUUCUUCCCCCCCCCCCCCCUUUUUACGACUUUUCUCUUCAACUCAUGAUCUGCUGAAAGCACAAUCGGAGCCUAAAGAAGUGGUCGCGAGUGAGUGAAAAUGGGCUGCACGAUCAGCGCCGAGGACAAAGCCGCGGUGGAGAGGAGUAAAAUGAUUGACAAAAACCUGCGGGACGACAGGGAGAAGUCCUCCAGAGAAGUGAAACUCCUUCUGCUUGGUGCUGGUGAAUCUGGGAAAAGCACGAUAGUAAAGCAGAUGAAAAUCAUUCAUGAAGAUGGCUACACAGAAGACGAGUGCAAGCAGUACAAAGUGGUGGUCUACAGCAACACCAUCCAGUCCAUCAUGGCCGUCAUCAGGGCCAUGGGCCGCUUAAAGAUAGAUUUUGGCGACGCCGCGCGGACGGACGACGCCCGCCAGCUGUUCGUGCUGGCGAGCUCGGCGGAGGAAGGCGUGAUGUCGGCAGAGCUGGCCGGCGUGAUCCAGAGGCUUUGGGGCGACGGCGGCGUGCAGGCGUGCUUCGAUCGAUCCAGAGAGUACCAGCUCAACGACUCAGCCGCAUACUACCUGAACGACUUGGCCAGGAUCUGCCAGCCGAACUACGUCCCGACUCAGCAGGAUGUGCUACGCACACGCGUGAAAACCACUGGCAUCGUGGAAACACACUUCACCUUCAAAGAUCUCUAUUUCAAGAUGUUCGAUGUUGGGGGUCAGCGCUCGGAGAGGAAGAAGUGGAUCCAUUGUUUUGAGGGAGUCACAUCAAUCAUUUUUUGCGUAGCGCUCAGUGACUAUGACCUUGUGUUGGCUGAGGAUGAGGAGAUGAACCGGAUGCAUGAGAGCAUGAAGCUCUUCGACUCCAUCUGCAACAACAAGUGGUUCACGCUCACCUCCAUCAUCCUCUUCCUCAACAAGAAGGACUUGUUUGAAGAGAAGAUCGGCAGGAGUCCGCUCACUAUCUGCUACCCCCAAUACCCCGGUGGGAACUCAUACGACGAGACGUCCGGUUAUAUCCAGUACCAGUUUGAAGAUUUGAACAAGCGAAAGGACACCAAGGAGAUCUACACCCACUUCACGUGUGCUACAGACACCAAGAAUGUGCAGUUUGUGUUUGACGCUGUCACCGAUGUCAUCAUCAAGAUCAACCUGCGGGAGAUUGGGCUCUACUAAAGCUCGAGGCCCAGCAGGUGUCGGGAGCAGAAUCAGGUCUUCUGGACUGGUGUGUCUUUUUUGCAUAGGGCAAAUUGGAAAGUAGGUGUUUCUUAACACUGAGCUGAUGGGCACGCUGAAUGCAGGACCUUAAUGCAGACUUGAUUCUACAAUUAUUGUCUCAAUAGAUGUCACGAUGCAGAGUACACUGGGAGAAAGUGAUAAUUGGGAGAGGUUGUGAAACAGUGUCUGUAAAAACUGUGUCCUGUCGUAUUUAAGACCAUUCCAUCAAAGGGGGGGGGCUCUGAUAUCUCUGACAUAUUUACAGUUUUUCUGUCAUGUGUACAGGGACCACAACAGAGCCUGUGUAUCAAAUCCAUUACUGCAUUUCACAGUUUGACAGUGGAUGUGUAAAUUCUGUUCCCAAUGUUUUUGUGUUGAAUCUUCUCCUAACUUUAGUCUAUAUUACAUUUGUUUUUAUUGAAUAUUUGUUGUAUUUCCCAAUUUUUCAGUUGCAGUUAUUUAGUAUUUUCAGUUGUGGAUGUGUGAAUGCAUUGCAAUAAUAAUGGAGGAUAGUUUUUGUGUGCAGGUUUCGAUGUGACAUAACCAAUUGGGUCUGGGAUUAGUUGACAAGAGUACAAUGAGCUGAGUAGUCUACUAGUAGUAGUAGUCUACUAGUCAGGUAUUAGACAGCAUUGUAUUGACUAUUGAAUAUUUUUUAUACAUGGGACACAUCACUGCAAAUCAACUCUUCAAGGGAAACCUGUUUUUCUUUCCAUAGGAGUUUGAGUGUGACUAAUAUAAUUCACUCAGUGGAGGUCAAUAUAAAAUAUCCUUUUUUUCAAGGUAUUUUUUAAUCCUAUGGAUAUCAGUGAAGAUGUAUAUAAACACAUUAAACAUAAACAGUUUGAAAAAGCCC